AAAAAACCCAACUGUAAUAACUCCAACACAGACCCCACCCCACCAGCUAUACUACUGUAUUAUGCAUCAUACCCUCUCCUCCAUUCUUCUUCUUCUUCUUCUUCUACUUAAUGUAUUGUUUGCCCACAUUUUCUCUCUGAGUUUUUUUCUUUACAGAAGUUAUACACACACAUAUAGAUACAGAAUUUGGAGAUGAUGAAAGAAAAGAUUUUCAAACUACAUAGGCACAAGUCAUCAUCAUCAUCAUCAUCAUCAUCGUUUACAGCUGGGAGUGAUUUAUCUGGACAGAAAUUUGAUUUCACUUUCUCCAAUAUUCAGGCUCUCCAGGUACCUAAAGGAUGGGACAAAAUCUUUCUAUCUCUCGUUUCUUACGAAUCGGGAAAAACGGUUCGUAAAUCGCAAAAAAUGCCGGUGAAAAACGGAACUUGUCGAUGGACAGAAACUCUUUCCGAAUCAAUAUGGAUUUCAGAUCACAAUAAUAAUAUUGAUAGCUCUAAAGAUGUAGAAGAAUUUCUUCUCAAAUUUCUCGUCUCGACGGGGUCUUCGAGAAAUGGCUCUACACUUGGAGAGACUACAUUAAAUCUUUCGGCCUUUCUAAGUUCGGAAUCUCCGAUUUUAGUUUCGUUACCUCUUCAAAAGUGCAAUUAUGGGACAAUUCUACAGGUUGAAGUUAGAAGCCUCACGCCGAAGAAGAAUCUCAGGGACGAAAAAUGGAACAACAUGCAUGCACGUAAAGACGAGCAUGCAGAAUUCAUCGAAGAUCGAUCCGAAAUAUCCGAUAGUAACAACUUCGACAAUCCAUCUCGUCCCGUCGAACUUAGUAGCAGGGAAACGAGUUUCUCGGCCUCGAUUUCGCGUUACAGCUUCGACUCCGUUGAAUCAUCGAACGACACCGCAUCUUAUAGCUCGUAUUCUUCUCCGCACCGUCCAAUCAAAUCAUACCAUUCGCUUCAAAACGGAAAACCGUUACAUCAAAACGGUUAUUCCCCCAAAGCGUUUAAAGAAGCCAACGAGGCGGAAGCAAGAAUGUGGGAACAAAACGCGAGAAAAUUAUCCGUCGAUUUGGAGAUUUUAAGGAAAGAGUUGUCUGAUCAAAAGGAGACGAACGAAAACUUGUCUUCGCAACUGAAUAAAACUCAAGAAUCGAAUAUCGAGUUGAUUUCACUUCUUCAAGAAAUGGAGAACAACUGCACAAGUGUAGAGCUCGAGGGUGAAAUCUCGGUUCUCGAAAGUAAACUCGACGAAAAAAUCAUCGAGGCAGAAAUCGAAAACGAUGUAAGGAAUCGGAUUCUAAAGGAGUUUGUACUUGAAUGUAACGCUUACGUGUUAGCUGCAAAAUCGGAUUCGAAACGAGUUGAUCAGUUGCAGGAAAAAGUUACGGAACUCGAGAAAGAUUGUGAAGAGCUCACGCAGGAAAAUCUAGAGCUCGUAUUCGAGCUCAAAGAAUUGCGUAACAGUAAUAAUGCGUCGGAAGAUAGCAACGUAGCAUCUCGUGAAAAGCUAGAGCUUCUUCAGUCGCAAAGCUUUUCGUUUAUCGAUUUCAAUCUCGAUUUUCAUGUCGAGAAAAGUCGUGAAAAAUCAGAAAUCGUCGGAUUUCGGGAUGAGAAAAUGGAUAGUGAUGAAAAGGCAGAGAUCGCGUUGUCUGAUUGUUCGAGUACUUCAGUAAGCGAUAUGAUUCGUCGAAGUGGAAGCAUCGAUUCGCAUGUUUCGGACGAUAAUAAUAAUUAUAAUAAUAAACACGGUGUAAUGAAAUUGACGGAGGCGGAAAGUAACGAAACCGAGCUAGCGGAGCACUUACGCGACAUGCAGGAAGAGAAUAUCUACUUGUCGGAAAGAGUGUCCGGUUUGGAAGCUCAAUUAAGAUAUCUAACCGACAAAACGGAGUCGAAUCGAACGGAGAUGCAGAAUUCGGAAUAUCAAGUGAAGUUUCUCCAUAGUCAAAUCGAAAAAUUGGAAGGAGAAAUCGAGUCCCGAACGAUCGACACGAAGAAUAAAUUGGAGGAGGUUGAGAAAAGGUUGUUUGAAGCUCAAGAAGAGUGUAUAUCUCUGAGCAAAAUAAAUACGAGGCUCGAGUCCACAACCGAACGCCUUAUCGAAGAAUACAACUCGAUGCACAAGUUCAACGAAGAAUUAAGGGAGCGAAAAUCGAAGCUGCAAGACAGAGAAUGCAGUGGUGAAGAAAACUCUAUCCUACACAUGCAAGUGCAGAAAGUAGUGGAGCUGCAAAACGAGGUUUUGGAUUUACGGACGUCGGUUAAAGAAACGAACUUUCGGAAUCAGUUUCUGAAAGCUUCGUUCGAGUCCGUGUCGAGAGAGAAUGAAGAGCUUAAACGCGGAAGGGUUUCUAUUCUCGGAAAGGUUUCUAGAUUGGAGAAAGAAUUAUUACAAGCGCAGAUUUGCGUGAGUAAGAAAAACGCAGUGGAAGAGAAGCUUCUAAGGCUAGAGGGAGAUAUGUUCGCGAGAGACGCCUUAUCUGUCGAUUACGCCGAGACGAAAAACGAGCUUAAUCGGAUUAAAAUAGCGAAUAGUCAAUUCUUGAUGAGAGUGAAAAGUCUCGAGAAUGUGAGAGAAGAUUUACAGAGGAGGAUACAAAUAUUGGAAGAGGAAAACGAAAGCCUUGUUAUGCAGCAAGUUCAGGUUUGUAAUGAAAACGAUUGUUGCAACAGAAGAUCUCUUGUGGCUGCAAUUGAUUACGGGUCGAGAAUUCAAGUUCUUGAGAAUGAACUCGUCGAAGCUUUGCAGGCUAACGACAUGUAUAAAGCACAGCUUGAGAGCUGCGCAAAAAACGAAGGUGAGCUACAGGAAAUUCGGGAGCGGUACCUAGAAAUAAGCAUGAAAUACGCAGAGGUGGAGUCUCAAAGAGAACAGCUUGUGAUGAAACUGAAAGCUCUCAAUUGUUAGAAUCUUGCUCAAAAACAGCUUCUGAUAUCAGCUUUUUUUUUUUUUACGACAUUUUUUUAGUAACUCGGAAAGUUUAAGGAAGAAGCAAAAAGCUCAAAGUUGAUGUUUGUAAUACAAAGGAUUAAUCUUUGCCAAAGUGUGUGUGUAUAUAUAUAUAUGUGUGAUGUGAUUCUUUAUAAUCUAAUGUAAAGAGAUUUUUUUUUAAGAG